CAGUGCUCCAAAAAUGAGAGCAGUCGGCACACAGCUAUCCAUGGGUACGCUGAGGGCUUCCAUGAGAAGCAAAGGCACCCAGGCAAUGGUGCCCUGUGUUAGUGUUUACACUGAGACCACUUCAAGCUCCCCAGAAUUCACCCCGAUGUCUUCAACACCAAUAAGACCCCAAGAUUACAGACCUCGCAAGAGACCUCGUCUUGAGGAGGAGGAGGAGGAAGAGGGAGACACCUCAACAGAGUUGCAAGCUGAGCCACAAGACUCAACAUAUAUCCCUGGUGACUCUGUUCUAACGGACGAAUCUGCCAUGUCGUCUGAGCCAGUGUCUACUUAUAAGGAUGAUAAGUACAUUGUUUUUGAAAGUUGCCUAAGGGAGCUUUUUCAAAGCUGUCCUGUAUGCAAGAGGCAGUGUGACGUUCAGCGCCGAAAAAUGGGAAUGUAUGUGUCAUUCACACAGCUCUGCCCACACUGCAACUAUUCAAGACAGUGGCAGAGUCAGCCUGUUGUAGAAAGUACCCCCGUCGGCAACCUACACCUGUCAGCGGCAACAUAUUUCACCGGUUCAUACUUCAUCCAACUGGAAAAGGUAUUGCUAUAACUAUUUAAUAUGAAAUGGCAAUCACUGUACUGUUUUCACAAACGUACCAAUUUUACAUGUUUUCACAGAUAUGCAAGGCCAUGAAUCUUCAGAUUUUCAAGUAUGACACCUUCAGGAGGCAUGCUAGGAGUUUUCUGGAGCCAGCCAUAAUCCACAAAUGGAAGACGGAUCAGUAACAUCUUUUUCAAAAGUUACAGCAUGGAGGAAAGAUUGGAGUCAGUGGAGAUAUGCGAGCUGACUCCCCAGGGCACUCAGCAAAGUAUGGGAGCUACACACUGAUGCACCUAGACAGUAACCGCAUUAUCGACCUUCAGCUUGUUCAGAGCAAUGAAGUAGGUGGUAGUUACCACAUGGAGAAGGAGGGCAUUAAACGCUGCCUGGAUCUACUAGAUUCAAAUGGUUUGGUGGUGGACUACAUUGUCACCGACCGUCAUCCACAGAUCCAGAAGUAUCUGAGGGAGCGCAGCAUCACCCACUUCUAUGAUGUGUGGCACUUUGAGAAAGGUUUGUCAAAGAAACUUGACAAAGUUGCGCAAAACAAGGACUGUGGGGUGUUGAAGAAGUGGCUGCGUAGCAUCAAAAGCCAUGUCUACUGGAGUGUAACAUCGUCAACAUCAGGGCCAGAGAAGGUAGCCAAGUGGAUGUCGAUUGUCAACCACAUCCAGAACGUGCACUUGCAUGAAAACCCUCUUUUCCCAAAGUGCCAACAUCCUGAUCGAGUGUCAAGGGAUCCAAGUAAAUGGUUUCAACCAGGGUCAAUGGUGCUCUACAAAGUGGAAAAAAUCCUGGUCAAUAAGAGGGUUGUCAAAGAUGUGGAGAAGCUGAGCCACCACUACCAAACAUCAUCCCUGGAGGCUUUCCACAGUUUGAUCCUUCGCUUCACACCCAAGAAUGUGGUUUUCCCUUUCAAGGGCAUGCUUUGCAGGUUGUACCUUGCAGCCAUGCACUACAAUGAAAAUGCAGACCGCGAAAGCAAGCCACAACAUCUGCAGGACAACCAGUAUUCAAGGUUGUGUUUCCCAAGUCCAGGAAGGGGGAGGUGA